AUGUCGGUCGCUCAAGGACCGGAAUCAAUUCGGUCGGACUUACAGAGCGGCAAAGAUGAGAUCGAGAUGAAAAAGUCGCCUUCUGACGAGCAAACCUUAGAUAUGGACUUCCGUUGUGAGAUUUGCAAAAAGUCCUACACCCGACCUGACCUACGAGAUCGUCACCGACGACGAUGUAUCGCCAAAGUGGGCCAGGAACGCAGGUCCAAGCGGAAAUCCUGUGAUAGCUGUGCGAAGAAGAAGAUUCGCUGCUCUCUCUCCCGUCCUUCUUGCCUGCGAUGCGCUCAACUUGGAAUUCUAUGCCAGUAUCCCCAAUCUCCCGUUUCGGCGCGAAUUGCUGGCCAGGGGGAGUCAAUGAUGACGACGAGUCAACCACAGCCGGCAGAACUGGGUGAGACAAACGAGCCAUCUGGUGCUGUGGGCAUGAUGGACGUCUUGCCGACCACUGCUCAUGCUCAGUCCCAGGAUCUGCAGGCCGGCCAUCUUAAAGUUUUCUCAGCACCUAUGUUGGGUUCUGGUGAUCCGUUAUCUGCCUCUAUGUGGAAUGAUUACGACUUCUCAGAUAUGCAAUUCAUAGACCCUGCAUUAACCGAGGACUUCUUGUCUUCCACCAAUGCAACGGGUAUUGCCUCCUUGCCAUCCAACGAUGCCAUUCCAGCUCUUUCGGAUUUCCGGUCAGCAGAGAGCAAUUUUCUCAGCAACGUGGGUUCUCUACACAGUGGACCAUUGUCGUCCGCUCAUCCAAUGUCUGAUGGGCGUUCUAAUUCAGGAUAUGCUUCAGCUAUCCAGCAAAAUGAAUUCAUUUCAGAGGAAGAGGGGACUAGCCCAUCCGGCUUGACAGGGCCAUUGGAAACGUUCUCACCUUCAAAUAUAUCGUGGCACGACAAUUCCACGGACGGAGAAUCUUCAAUGUCGGCGAAACUGACCAGUCGUCUCUACAGUCCGGCCCAUCUUAUUUUCGCGCACUCAUUCACGAUUGGAAUGGGACCGGACAUUUGCACCGACCCGACCAGCCUCUGCCAAGAUAUGCUAGGCCAUCUUCGAGAGUAUCCCGGUCUCGUGCUGGAUCGGGAAUUCUGGUCCCCGUUCGUGCAUCAUCGCUUAUACCGCUGUUCCCUAGGCGGAAUGGCGGAACCUAUGGCCAACGCGCUGGCCUGCGUGGGCGCAUAUGCCAGCUGCGCGGGUUCCAGUUUCGGGUUCGUCAAUCGCAUGAUUAACGAGGAGCGGGAAAAGCUGGUGCGCAAAUUUCACGGCUACACCGACACCCCUGAGCCGUGUCUGGCGGCCCUGCAUGCUGUCUGCAUUUAUCAGAUCAUGGGCUUGUUCGGGGAUACAUUUGUGCCGGCAGCCCAAAAGAAGCCGCUGGCCGAUGUCGAAGACGAGGAUCGACGACGAGGAGAGUUUGAGAAGGAGGCAGAAUUGCAUAGCUCGUUCCUUUUGAAGAUGACCCGACACCUGUCCAGUCUGCAUGCUAAAACGCUAUACGUCCACCAUGAGGACGAGAAUGACUGGAAUCAGUGGAAGUUCAUGGAAUCCCUACGCCGGAACAUGUUCUUUGUUCACAUUAUCAACAUCCUGGAGUCUAAAGCGCGGCAGCUGAACGAGAACUAUUUCGAACCGCUCGGGGACGACUUGAUCUUUGGGAUUCCUUUACCGGCCCCUGAGCGCAUGUGGCGAGCGUGCAGCUCCGAGGAGUGGUUCAUGGCUCGCGCCGAAACACUGGGCUCGGAGGACGAUCCGACUACUCGACCGAGGACUCUGCAGCAGCUGAGGCAGGCUGUAAAGAGACGUCAAGUCGACAUGUCGUCGUUGCUGCCUGUGACGCGCAUGAUUCUGGCGUCUGUAAUCAUUGUGCCCCCGAGGAGUGGGCUCUAA